UGGCGGCCUGGAGCUCCUCCUGAGGCCAGUGUGAAGUCCGUGUGAGUACCUGUGUGCUGCCAAGCGUGGUGAAGUGAAGCUGUGAUUAUGCUAUGGGACCAAGGCCCCGAGAGGGAAGUCACUUACCAGCGUGCGUACGUUCUUCCUCCAGAGCUCAAGUCUUCUGACUCUUGGGAACAGCACCAGAACAGAACAGCCCUUCCAGCUCCCCUCCUCAUAUGCUUGUCUGAGUGGGCCUGCGUUGACCCAGAGGGAAUUCGCCAUUGGCCCAACAUGAACUGGAAGGUCCUUGAACACGUGCCCCUGCUACUGUAUAUCUUGGCAGCCAAAACCUUAAUUCUCUGCCUGGCAUUUGCCGGAGUCAAAAUAUACCAAAGGAAAAGGUUGGAAGCAAAACAGCAGAAGCUGGAAGCUGAGAAAAAGAAGCAGUCAGAGAAGAAAGAGAACUAAAGGGGAAUCAGAGAAUUUGCAAUUUAAAUGUCAGCCUGAGUGGAUUCCCGCUGAGAAGAAAGAGGAGACAAUUAUGGAAUGAUGUGUCAGAGGAUGAACUCCCAACCUGUAGGGUUAACUUAAAAUUAUAUGAACUUUUUAUGCUCUUAAAAGAGCCCGUAUUUUGUUUACUAAAAUAAAAUACCUUUGUAAAAAA